AUGAAUUCAAUGGUGGCACGAACACAGACGCAGAUCAACGACGUCUACAUCGUCUCCGCCGCCCGAACGCCGAUCGGCUCGUUCAACGGUGUGCUCAAGAAGGCCACCGCUCCCGAGCUCGGUGUCGUAGCCGUCAAGGCAGCCAUCGAACGUGCCGGUAUCAAGCCCGACCAGGUUGAGGAGGUGUACAUGGGAAAUGUGCUCCAGGGCAACGUCGGUCAGGCUCCCGCUCGUCAGGUGGCGCUCAAAUCCGGCUGCCCCGACACCACCGAGGCUACCACCAUCAACAAGGUCUGCGCUUCCGGUAUGAAGGCCAUCUCUCUCGCUGCUCAGAGCAUCGCCCUUGGACAGCGUGGUGUCAUGGUCGCUGGUGGUAUGGAGUCCAUGUCGAACGCUCCCUACUACCUCCCCCGAGGCAACGCCUACGGUCACGUCCAGGCGACCGAUGCCAUCGUCAAGGACGGUCUCUUCGAUGUCUACAACCAAUUCGCCAUGGGCAAUUGUGCCGAGAACACCGCCAAGAAGCUCUCCAUCACGCGCGAGCAACAAGAUGCCUUCGCCGUCGAGUCCUACCGUCGAUCUGCCGAAGCGUGGAAAGCCAACGCGUUCGCCUCCGAGAUCGCACCCGUCACCAUCUCCGACAAGAAGGGCGAUGUCGUCAUCAGCGAAGACGAGGAGUACAAGAACGUCAAGCUCGAAAAGAUCCCCUCUCUUCGACCCGUGUUCGACAAGAACGGAACCAUCACCGCCGCCAACGCUUCGACCCUCAACGACGGUGCUUCCGCCGUCGUCUUGGCUUCGGAAGCCGAAGUGGCCAAGAUGGGUGUCAAGCCUUUGGCAAAGAUCGUUGCGUUUGCGGAUGCGGCGUGUGCACCGAUCGACUUCCCCAUCGCCCCUGCUUACGCCAUUCCCAAGGCGCUGGAGAGGGCCGGUUUGACAAAGGACGACAUCGCACUGUUCGAGAUCAACGAGGCUUUCUCGGCUGUCGCAUUGGCUAACAACCAGAUGCUGGGUUUGGACGCCAGCAAGGUCAACGUGUUGGGUGGUGGUGUUUCCUUGGGACACCCGAUUGGAAGUUCGGGCGCCAGGAUCGUGGUGACGCUGGCUCAUGCGCUGAAGCCUGGUCAGUACGGUUGCGCCGGUGUCUGCAACGGUGGUGGUGGAGCUUCUGCCAUCAUCAUUAAGCGCGAGAACUAG